CAGGAUGAAUUCCAUCCCUUUAUCGAAGCACUUCUGCCUCACGUCCGUGCUUUUGCCUACACAUGGUUCAACCUGCAAGCCCGAAAACGAAAAUACUUCAAGAAGCACGAAAAGCGCAUGUCGAAAGAGGAAGAAAGGGCCGUGAAGGAUGAGCUGCUGAGUGAAAAACCUGAAGUCAAGCAGAAAUGGGCGUCCCGUCUCCUGGCAAAGUUGAGGAAAGAUAUCAGGCCGGAAUAUCGAGAGGAUUUUGUACUCACCGUGACCGGUAAAAAACCUGCGUGUUGCGUUCUGUCUAACCCCGACCAGAAGGGAAAAAUGAGAAGAAUUGACUGCCUUCGCCAGGCGGACAAGGUCUGGAGACUAGACCUAGUGAUGGUGAUUUUAUUUAAAGGAAUCCCUCUCGAAAGUACUGAUGGUGAACGCCUUGUUAAGUCUCCGCAGUGUUCUAACCCUGGGCUUUGUGUUCAGCCCCACCACAUAGGAGUUUCUGUGAAGGAACUUGAUUUGUAUUUGGCUUACUUUGUACACUCAGCAGGUAAGUGGCACUUUUAUCUUGUUGAACAUUCAGUUGCUGUUUUUGUUUUUUUGUAUUCCAUUUAUUUUUGGCGUGUUGGUAGUGGCAACAGAAAACUUUUUAGGUUGACCUAA